UGGUGACGUGUUGGUACUGCCUCCUUAACCAGCGUUGUAAACAAACCCUGGAUAAUAUUGGAAGUUUAACCUCGCACCACGAAAAUAUCCUAUCCUUAAAAAAAAUACUCGGAGUAGCUACAGUUAUUUUAAAAUUUUAACUACAAAAUACACGAAACGGUUUCAUCUCAGAGAAAAACUUGUUCCUGUUGUCAAGUGUAAGAGACCGAGAGAACAGCUGCAAGACGAUUUUUGUUUGUUUGGUUUGGAUCCGUCCGAUGGUUUCUUGCUGAAGAAGUGACAAAACAAGCUAUCCCCUAGACGAUUGAGCAAUUUACCGAUGCAUCUCAGUUGACCUAUCCAACGGUAGUUUUCUGGUCAGAUAUUCGUUAAAAUUAGGUCUUCCAUUGAACAUCCGAUAACUACGUUAGGGACGUUCCAAGGAUCGUGGAUAGCACGGAGGAUCGCUUGAUAGCGCGGACCCUGCUGUAAUUGUACCAAGAAGUGAGCUGCGAAUUAGACAACCGAGACAUGGUGAAGCUGACAAAGGCGAAGACGUUCCAAGCAUACCUAGACUCGUGCCACCGCAGGUACAGCUGUGUUCACUGCCGAGCACACCUGGCCAACCAUGAUGACCUCAUCUCCAAGUCUUUUCAGGGUAGCCAGGGUCGUGCCUACCUCUUCAACUCUGUGGUGAAUGUCGGCUGUGGUCCUGCCGAGGAGAGGCUGCUACUCACCGGGCUCCACGCUGUGGCAGACAUCUACUGUGAGAACUGCCACACCACACUGGGCUGGAAAUACGAGCAGGCCUUUGAGUUGAGUCAGAAGUACAAGGAGGGGAAGUUCAUCAUUGAGCUGUCCCACAUGAUAAAGGACAAUGGCUGGGACUGAGAGGUGAAGGGCGAUGUUUUCAUUGAUGUUUCGUCCCUCGUCCGUUGUUCUUCCUGGCCUGAAUGUGUGUCCCCUCACCCUGCGUAAGGGCCAUCGGCUCUGUCACUCCGUCACUUCAUACAGCUUUGCCAAGAAUAGCAUGUGAUGUUUGUUUUUAUACAUAUAUCUAUAUACACACGGAGUAUUCCAAACAUUAGGAACACCUUCUUAAUAUUGAGUUGCACCCCUCCUUUUUGCCCUCAGAACAGCCUCAAUUCAUUGGGGCAUGGACUCUACAAGGUGUUUAAAGCAUUUCACAGGGAUGCUGGCCCAUAUUGACUCCAAUGCUUCCCACAGUUGUCAAGUUGGCUAGAUGUCCUUUGGGUGGUCGACCAUUCUUGAUACACACAGGAAACUGUUGGGCGUGAAAAAUCCAGCAGCGUUGCAGUUCUUGACACAAACCGGUGCGCCUGGCAUUUACGACCAUACCCCAUUCAAAGGCACUUAAAUAUUUUGUCUUGCCCAUUUCCCCUUUGAAUGGCACGCAUACACAAUCCAUGGCUCAAUUAUAUCAAAUCCUUCUUCAACCUGUCUCCUCGCCUUCAUCUACACUGAUUGAACAAGUGACAUCAAUAAGGGACCAUAAACUCACCUGGUCAGUCUAUGUCAUGGAAAGAGCAGGUGUUCUUAAUGUUUUUGUAUACUCUGUGUGUGAUACAUGUAUAUAUAACUAUACACACACUUGUAGGUUUUACGAGUUUUAUAUCAAAUCUACCCCACUAUUACAGGAGCACCUUUGUCAAUAUCGCUAUAUCCCAAUGUUUAGUUCUAUCGUGGUAGAGAAUGAGCGAGUACAGGCUGUGUGAGUGCCAGUGAGUGUGUGAGCGCGAGCAAGAGUUUGUAUACACUCGGGCAUCUGUGAGUUGUGUGUUUACGAGUGUGUGUGUUGCAGUGUGACCACCUCCUUAGCAACCUCACUAAAUCCUUCUCAUGUAGUCCGUGCAUCGGUGUGGGAUCGUAGUCAACAAAAAACUAAAUUCUCUCUCAUUAAGUGCAAUUCACAGGGUUGAGACAAUUAGACCGUUAUGCAAAAACCUAGCGCCCUCAAGGCUGUUCCCUUUUUUUUGUUGUUUUUAGGUGAAUGUGUGCAAAAAGCAAGUUACCUUGCUUUGUGUGUGUUUUAAGACUUCAUACUUAAUGUUUGAUGGUACAAGCAGAGUUGAAAAAAAGUAAUUACGUUUGGUGCCGUGUCAUGUUACUGUUUUAUCUCAAAUGGAGUAUCAAGUGCAAUACAGUAGGGUGUGAGAGUGCGCGUGGUUAAAGUGUCAGCAAUAUAACAUUGGUCAUGUUUUUUUAUCCUUUAAAUGACAAUCGAUGUAUUCAGUUGUUAAUGAUGUUAAAGGCUGCAGCAUUACACAGUUUGUAAGUGUUUCUGUGCGAUUGGCCCGUGUGAGUUUGAAUACUGUGUGUGUAAAUGUUUGGCGUAUGGGUAUUUUCUCUGUAUUCUGCCUGUGGUUAUGCAUUUUAUGGUUUGUGUGUGAGUGUGUAUGCAGUGGGAGUGUACAGUGUAAGAUUGUAUGAUCUGAUACAGUACUUGCUAGACAGUUAGCAAAUGCUUUAGUUUGGGGGUAAAAUCUAUUGUUUCUGAUGUGUGAUUGGAUAUCCAUUUUUACGUUAUUUCCUUUUGAGAUCAAUCUUGUAAAUACAGCUUAACAUUGAGCAGCAUGUACAUAAGCAUUUAUUUGAUAAUAUAAGAGAGCAAUGUGUAAUAUCAAAAAGGAUGAAUAUAUCUAUAAUUAUGUAGCAGAUUGUGACUAUGUAAGCUUUUCCAUUAAAGUAUUUUAUUUUAACCUGAACUCUCACAUUAAAGUAUGUGGUAAAUAUA